AAUAACAACAUUCUCUAAAUUUAUAUUUCCUGUUUAAGCUAUUUAGAUAAUGUUGAUUCUUAGAGAGAGAUCUGUUUGAAAUUGUUUCUGAUAGAGAUACAAAAUUAUACUUUUUUGUUUAAUAGGUCUUUGAUAAGAUUUGCAACAAAUUUCAAUUAUAAAACAUGCAGUAAUUAAUAAAGUAAUUGCUACUAGUAUUCAACAGCUAUUCCACCCAUCGUUGGAUCUAAGUCUACCUUAGUAGAAAUACUGUAAGCACCAGCACCAAUUCAAAAAUUGUUCACCAGAGCAGGAAAUGUCAAGGACUCAAUUUUUCAAAUUUCUAUUUUGCUCGAAAUAAAAGUAAACGCACAUAAAACUUAUAAUGGGCGAUCCUCUAAGCCCGUUACUAUCAGAUAUUUUUAUGGAUCAUCUUAACACAAAGAAUUCAAAACAUACCAUAUUUAAACAGUGUUUAUAUUGGUGGAUAUACGUUGACGACGUACUAGUAUGUUUCACAGGAACUAACAGGCAAGUCGAUCAAUUUUUAUCGUAUAUUAAUUCACUUCAUAGUCAUAUUGAAUUUAAAAUAGAAACAGAACAAAAUCAAUCCAUAAUUUUUUUAGAUUUAAAAAUUAUCAGACUUAAAAACAAACAUGAGUUCUCCGUAUUUCAUAAACCUACCCAUACUGACACGACUAUACAUAAUUCAUCAUCCCAUCCCACACAACAUAAACUGGUAGCCUAUCAUAGUAUGUUACAUAGAUUA